CUUUUCCUUUGGAAUUUCAUACAAUGCAAUAAUACGUAUAAUUAAUUAGCUGUAGCUGUACGCCUACUCCGUACUAUAGUUUCAAUCACAUUUAUCUUAAACCCGUGGAUUGUCCAGUGACUCCAGUCACUUCUCCAUACUUGGGGUACUUAAAGCGGGGUAUGUACCUACUCUCAGGAAUCCCUCGCAAUAACGCUCUCUCAUUAUGAUCAUCCUUUGCAACGUAGCCUCCAAUGGAAUAUGAAGGAAAAAGGGGGGGGGGGAAUGAAUGGUUUUCCAAGCGUUUCAGGCUUUCAGAUCAGUCUUGGGGGUGAUCGACAUAUUAAUAAUCUUACGAUGAUGCUUCCUCAGCUGGAACAGAGGGAGAACCAACCCAUAUGCCACGAUGCAGGAGAAGUGUGGAUUGGCUGGCAAAGACCCUGGGAACGGACAUCAAUUGCUGCUCCGCAAUAUAAAGGAGACGUCAUGGGCUUCUUUCUCUACCUUACGAGCAGCAACCAGCCACAGAGGACGCACGUUUGGUACCUCAAUAUCCUUGGUUUGACAGGGACAAUCAUUCAUAAUGUCGACCCGACCUUCUUUUGGGCGGUUGUCGCGGCUUUAGCUGGUGUCAUCAAGUCACGAAGCCGUCUUGAUACGAGGCGAGUGGGAUGGCCGGUGCCAUUAUUUCCCAGGGUUCUAUGUACCAGCAGAAGCAGCUGUAUUGUCGUGCCUCUCCGGGUAGCAAGAUGUCAGUCAGUCUCUGGAGCAUCCCGUUUCGCUCUCUCGCAGUCAAUAUAGGGUAUCUCCUGGGGACCCUUCGGCAGUAUCGGUGUGUACCCGUGCUUUCCUCCUAUCCGCUGCGCAGUC